GUAUAACAUAGGUAAUCCAGUCCUGUGAUAAUGCUUUUCAUUAGGUGUUGAAUCAGUAGCUAGAGUUUUAUACGUCUCUCACCUGUUGGACGAUGGCUUACGGGACUCCCGAUCUAGGCUAAAAUGUGCUACACAAUCUCUAUGUUUUAAAUAAGAACAAGGAAACAAAAAACAAGCAGAGUUUAAUUUUCGUAAAUUGGUUUGUUAUAUUACAAACAUGUUUUCGAAAUGGACAUUCUUGGUGAUUUUAGCUCUGGUUGUGUUUUCUGGAGUGGACAGCCGGCGACGAAAUAGAAAAAGAAGCAGAUCAAAAGCACAGACUGACGCAAAGACUACAACAGAUCCCACCAUGGCUAAACGUCAACGAAUGAUUGAUAUGCGUGAAUCAUUAGCCGAUAGUCUGACUACAGACAGGGUCAAGGUGUUUCUGCUAGACAGUGGGAGUCCAACGCUGGUAAAAGGAAGGGCGGCCAUACGACGCAUGUCUGCGAGACACGAGGAAAUGACGUCAACACAGGUAUUGCGCCUUAUGCAGUUAUUAGAGACAAGAAUAAGAGCUAUAGACUCUGCUAUAAGGUCUGAUACGCAAAAAACUACAAAAAGUGUGACACAAUCUGCAAGAAGAACUACCACUUCCCCACGUCGUGAACUACAAGUACCAUCUAACCGUGCAUCAGUAAGGCCUAGGACUGAGGUUGCUCAGCGUCUCCUGGUGAAUGGUCGUCUUCGCUCUCCUUCUAGAUCUAUUGGAAGAAUAGCAAUGCCAUCUACUUCAGAGACUGUCGAUCGCGGUCGAUUUAAUGUUCCACGUACUCGAACAAGUGAAAGUAUUCAAAGAGCUUCUGGGACAUCAAGCCAGAUUUCUAAUAGACGAUCAUUUUCUUCUUCUCGUGUUUCGCCUUCGUUCGAGGAAAGAUUACGGCAUUCACAGAGGUCAUCCCGUCCUAACGGUAUUGCGGAUGUGGAUAGAAGGAGAGUUAAUAUUCGUAAUGGAGCUAGUGUCGGAUCUCCGAGCGGAAUCAAUAUUCAAGCGAUAUCAAGAUCUGUGGAACCUGUGAGAAAUACGAACAUAGUCGAUUCAUUAACGGAUGCUGGUGAAACACAGUCAACAGGCAGAAGACAAGAACCUCCAUGGACUGAUAAUGAUUUACGAAACAGAGCCCCAAACACUCCUUUCAGAGAUUUUUUAACGUCAUCAAGACAUACUAGCCAAAUAAAAUCAAGAACUGGUAUUUCUGGCAAAACCCUUCAGCAGGAAGUCAUUACUAUUACCGAGAAAGCUGGUGAGGUAGGUGGAUCGAUCAGAAACACUAAGUUGAAACUAACAACUAACCAACCAUCUAAAACACCUAACAAACUUAGUAAAGCUAAUUCUCACGCUAAUUCCUCUAAAAAGGACAACCCAGUGACACUGACUCUUUCUGAAGAAGCCAUAUCACCGUCUAUAUUACCCCAAACCUCUCAUACAGAUCAACCUUUAACAAAACCAUUGUCAACAGAGGCCUCACGUAUUAACCAUGCUCCAUCCAACGCGGAACCAAGCACAAUGGAAACAGCUGACAAGAAAAUAAUAAACCCUACAGAAGGACCAGUACAAAAUUCACCACAGGAGGAACCUAGCAAUCCCGUUUUGUCAGUGCCAGUGAAACCAAAGACAACCAAAGACAUCUUAACCCAACUCCCAGUAGAACCGACCGCAUCUGUGCAUGUAAAUAAAGUAGAGCCAGCGUCAACAUCCAUUCCAGUUACCAAAAUAGAAAGUCCCUCUAAAAAUGUUGAUGGAAGAGUUCAAACAAAAAUUACACAGAAGUCUGGUAAUUCUCAUGAACCAACAUCGCUUUCUUCUGAUCCGAAAAUUUUGCAUACGAAAGAAGUUCCGGAAUCACCAUCGCUAUUUGCCAGCGAGACAGUUUCAAGUAAGACAUCAAUGGUUACGACGAAAGAGCAAUCAUCUAAUAAUGUAGAAACGCAAAUGAAGCAAAAAACGGUUGACGUUAAAUCAACAAAUAUUCUACCUACCAAAGAAAUUCCAGCGACACAAACGUCAUUGACGGAGCAGCAAACAAAUGCACAGAUUCCAAGUCCAGAAAUAUCGGCACCACUUAGUACAGUUGAUACUCCUAGGCCUACUCAAAGUAAAAAUAAAGUAAAUACACCGUCAACAACGACUAUUUCUAAAGUAGAACCAACGAUACUAACACAACUUCAAGAAAUGAUAUCGAAGCACAAGGAACAGGAAAUUCUAAGAACUGGAUCACCUGCAUCUCAUGAAGAACAAAUGAGGAUUAUAAAGCAGAUACUUUCAGAAGCUGCUGGCUCCCCGAAUAAUGCACCAGUUAUUCAGACAACAACCCAGGCACCUAUGAAUCAAAUUUUGCAACUGCUUCAAGCCCACAAGAGUAAGGCAGCCCCUACAGUUCCGGUUCCUUCGCCAUCAUCGGCUUCUUCACUCUUAAACAAUGUUAUGUCCAUGCUUCAAGCUCAUGAAGCACGAACAACAGUUGCAACAAGAACAGCGCAUGUAAACAAAGCACCGUUUAAUCCUCAACAGCCUCACUUUCCUGUUCAUACUAUGAUGCAGCACCACAGAGUUGUGGAUCCAUAUGAACAACAACGAAUGGCAAUGAUGAGUCAAAUGGGAAAUCCUAUGGCCGGGAUGUUUGGAGGAAUGAUGGGAUAUAUGAAUCCGGAAAUGAUGCAGGAAAUGAUGUUCGGAGAUACCACCGACGCCCCGGAUCCGGUUAAACCCCACGAAGAAAGUCAUAAAAAGAAUGAGGAACAGGAAGGAAUUACUGCCGCGCCUACAACUCGAGCACCAACAACUACAACAGUAACAAUGGCACAGCCACUACGUCAUCGAACACCAAUGAAAUUACGACCACAUCAUCAUACAGUGCAUGAACCACAGUUAUACCACCCGGAAACAAGACCUACAGCAGCAGGUUCAUGGAAGGAAAUGGAUGUUGCAUACUUGAACAGCAAACGCGGUGAACCACCUCAUUCCGAGUCUCUAUCUGUUUUGAAACAGAAGCAUCACCCAAUGCAUACAUCUUUAUCAGACUCGCAGAUCAGAAACCAGCACAGGCACAAAGAGGAAUUUCUCGAGGCACAAGAGGUAAGCAGAAGACCUGACGCACUGGAUAAAGAAUCGCACAAAAGGAAAGGUUCUAUUGAUCAUAAUAUGCUGGUUAAAAUCAAGUCAUCUAUUGACAGAGCUUUGAAAUCAGCGGGCAUAGAUAAAUAUGUUGAACUUGUGCUAACAAAUGAAAAAGUAACACAGCCAUCGGCACAAAAACCAACAACUGGAAACCAAUUAUUAGAUAGAAUAAGGGCUUCCAUAGAAAAAUCAUUAAAGGCCGCAGGAAUCUGGGAGAAUGUGAAAGUAGUUUUAAAAUCAAGAAAUACAGAAAAGAACAAAAUGCCUCUUGUGACCAAGGCACCUGCGAUACCCACAAAGUCAGUUCUCAGACCUACAGACCCUUCACUGAUAACACAAGAGGGUAGUCUCGUGACCGAUAUUCAGACUAAUCCUACGACAAAUAUUGUAGAUAACGCGAUGCACGGAGGAAUGAGUUUUCUAUCCUAUUCCGAAAGACCAGCAAAGAUACCAGCUGAUUCCUCAAACCAUGUUUUUGUUCAGAAUAAUGCAAGUCCACGCAAGUUAAAGGAAAAGACCAAAUCUCAUCCGUUCGACUCACUCAUGAUAGGCCAAAUUACUACACCAUCACCGAACAAUUACGGACCGACCGCGAAGAAUUUACCACAAAAUGUAGAACUUAUUGGGGGAUUUUCACGAGAGUCUAAUCCGCAGGAACAGGGGAACUCUUUAACCAAUGAUAUUAAUAAACUUCACAAUAACCAUGGAAACGGAUGGAAGAUGAUUCCAAUGAAAGAUCAUUCAGCAGGGAUAAAUACUGCAGGCAAGAAAGGGAAUAACGUUAUUUCAAUACCAAAUAAUCAGUUUAUGGGUGUACCAACACCACCACCUCCCCCGCCACCACCUAUGAAUAGAAAUCAAUUCGUCCAUAGACCACAGACGACCGGACGUGUGUCACAUAAUACGGAGACAAAAAUGAUUGAUGUUCUACCAAAGUAUACAAAUCCUACGCAAAUUUCGGAAAAAGAAGCUAUUGUCAAUAAACUCAUACAAUCUCUAUCAGGCUCAAAGCAUAGCGAUCUGAUUAAUACGCUUAGCAAAUAUCUGAAUGGGCAUCAGGACAAACCAAUAAUAAACGAGAAAAAGCAGGAACUUCCACAAUCCUCUGGGACGGGAUGGCAAAGAUCAGUAACAGGUACCAAAACGGCGACUUUAACGUCAGAGAAACACAAAAGCAAGGAUAUAACAAACGCUGUUCCAUCUCAAAUCCUUGUUCUGUCACAGGCUCCCAACGGAAUGCACCCUUCUCAAAACCAUAUAAUAUCUUCACCGUUAGAACCAAUGAAAUCCAAUGACAAAGUAUUUCUUAAUAUGAAUGCUAGGCCUGAAAAUCAUCAUGACUCAACGGCAAAAGAUGUUGUGAUUAAUCCGAACACAAUCAUUAGCAAGGACAUAUCAGAAACAUCACCGGAUCAAGUGUUAGUGCAACCAGUGUCUUUACCAUCUCAAAAUACAAAAGCAAAUCCGGUUAGUCAACAACAAAAUAUCGCCCAAAGCGUGGAAGCUAUCCUUCCUACGGUUGUGCCAUCAAGCGGACCUAGGAUGAUACGUAAAGGUAGCUUUUCCGGAGCACAGCUAUUUCGACGACAGAAACCGCUUGAUCCCUCGCGUAUGGAAAGUAGUCCUGAACCUCAGAAUAAACAACUGACCGACGAUGCAUGGUAUCGCAAGGAGAGGGCUCCAACACUGGAGGAGAUACCAGCGACUCAGCCGAAGAUGUCGACUAGGGCUUGACACCAGAACCUGAGCCAUUUUUACAAGAUGCCAUAAAACUGUCGUCUCCUGAGUUUCCUUAGUGAUGCCCUAAAGACCUAUAUCACCGUGUCCUUUCCCUAAUGAGUUGCUAAAGAACUACCUCAUUGCUGUGGAGUUAUAGGGCAGCAAUGCGUUAUCAGGGGCUAACGACUUUUAAUCUUACUUCAUUGUAGUGUUAUAGACCCUAUAUAUGCUACCUUAACUAAUUAUGUUGUAACAGAACUACUUUUCCCGUUGUGGUUUAUCACACUAUACUCUUUGGGAUACCUAAUUUGUUGUUAUAUAUGUAUGUACAGAGCUGUCAACAUUACCUUUCUUGUUGUUUACAGUUAAAUGUGUUACACAGAACGUCACGGCGACGGUGUAUAAUUAGGUUACUAGAACUGUCAAAAUAACGUUUACUACGUGAUGUUAAAGGAACUGAUAACUGAUUCUUCUAAAUGUAGUGUACAAACUGUGAAAGCUACUUUUGAUAAACGUAGUUUACCGAUAACGUAGUUUGUAAAACUGGGUAAUCUAGAUAUCGUUUACCGGUCUAUAAAGAUCGUAUAAAGAUGCAGUUUUACAGCAAUAUCAUAUCUAUAUUUUCCACACGUUGUUCCUAAAAAUUACCUAAACAAAUUAUUUAGCUGAUUUCUCAAAAUCUCAUGAACGAAACUGCGAAAGCUAUUAUACUAAAUGUAAUUAAAAAGAAAAAAACUCUGAGCGCUACGAUUACUAAUACAGUUCACAAAACUGUGAAAGCUACGCUAAAUAAUUGUAGUCUACAAAGCUGUGAAAGCUACGUUUACUAAAUGUUGUUUACAAAACUGUAAGUUCUAUGCUUACGAAAUGUAAUUUACAAAACUGCAAAAGCUACGUUUACUAAAUGCAGUUAACGAAAAUGUGAAAGCUACGCUUACUUAAUGUAGAUUACAAAACUGUGAAAGAUACUCUUACUUUAUGAAGUUAACGGAAAUCUGAAGAUCACAAAACUGUGAAAGCUAUGCUAAAUAAAUAAAGUUUUAAAAAACUGUGAAAGCUACGCAGACGAAAUAUAGUCUACAAAACUGUAAAAACCACACUUACUUAAUGUAUUUCACAAAACUGUGAAAGCUACUUUUUACAACAGUGAAUUUUACGUUUCAUAACUGAUCUGUCAAACUAUGUCUCAAAAUUAUAUGUUGUUUUUCUUACUUUUACUGUAGUUUUCUAGAAAUCUUAAGUUGAACAAAGCUAUAUAUCUGUACUGCCGGUUUACGAAAAUGUGACUUCCUGUGUAUAUGUCUGUUUUGUCAUGUAAAAAAUCGGUAUUAACAUGAUAAUGAAACCGUGUGUUGUGUAAUACCGUGGUAACAGUAUUAUUGACAACAUCUUAAUCGCCACCCAGUGUCGGAUUUGAUCUACAAUCUUUUAUGUAAAAACAGUUUUCAAUGGGAAAAUGUGUCACUAAGUAAACAACAUGGUCCAUGUGAUGUAGGGUAGCUAGUCACCUCGUUGUUUUAUUUUGCGAUCCGCCCUUAUAUCGUAUAAACGUUAAUACAGACAAUAUUUCUGCAAAAGCAAACGAGCUAAACAGUUCAAAAUAUUUAGACAUGUCCUUAGCUUAGUAUAUUUUAUAGAGAUUGCAUAAACAUUCAUGUAGGUACUGAAGCUUUAUCUUAACUUGAAUACGUUAAACAACAUUGUAUUACACAUUAUUAGUAAUAUACAUGCAUAUCAUUAUAAAAAAAAACAGGAUGUACAUGUAGAUAAAGGGCGGUAACUAGUCCUUGUAUGUCGACAUGUGACACAAUUAAUACCCUACAUAUGUUACGUCUGUAGUUUUAAAUGCAAAUAUUCUCUGGUGGGAGUUUACCGGAGUGUACUUUAACCAAAGAAAACAUAUUUGUUUAAGGUAUUCGUGAAAUGCUCCACUUAUUGAAUUGAAUAACAAAGCAAGGUUACGAGGGAUGAGUUUAUUUCUAUCCUGUGUUGGCAUAGUGCUAUCGAAAUUCCAAAAUUCAUAUCAAACCUUAUUUUUGAAUAUCUUAGAUUGAACUAAAUCAAUUUUUUUUGCUUGCUUUUUUAAUUAUCAUUAUGUUUGAAACAAAUGUUCGACUCACUAACUCUUAAUCAUUCGUAGGACCUAAAUGAAAAUAAUAACAAAGGAAGACACUAAGUUGUGUCCUGUCAAUUUUUUUUAUCUAAGAUCUGUUUGAUGUACAUUGUAUUUUACUGAACAAAUGCAUACGCUAGUCAUAUUGCAUAUGAUAGAGUAACAAUGGUUUUUGUAAAAUCAAAUCAUGUGUCAAAUGCAGUAUUCUGAGAGGAAUACUACUUCAGAUAAUAAAACAAUGUCAACUGACAA